AUGAAGUACAGUGCCAGAUUAAUAUAUUUAUUAAUUAUUUAUUACGUUUUAAACUUUGGCUCCACAAUAAACGGAGAAGAGCGUAAGCCAUCUGGUACAAAAAUAAUAGAGACUAUACAUGAUGUCAGCGGGUCUUCUAAUAACUUAAAUUUGAAAUUAUGUUCAGAAGAAGAAAGCUCGGAUGUUUUAGAAGAUGAAACGGGAAGUCGAAUGGCGGCGUCAAGAAUUUUAACGCAACUAACUCCUAAUAUAUACAGCAAACAAAAUGAAAAAAUGCUUCACAAUAAAGAUUUUAAAAUGGCCCCAUCACCGUCCUCAAUAGAUUCACAGCCGUGGGUCCCACGCAGAGAAAAUUUAGGUAUGCUCGGACUGAUGAAUGGACGAAUACAUCCCAAGUUAUUCGCUGUUCGGUACUUACCGCCAGUUGUCCCUGUCUAUCUAUCUCCAACCGACGCCUUGUCUACGUUUCGCGAAAAUACAGAACAAAUAAAUUAUAAUCCAGACAUACAUACUCCACAAAACACUAUAUUGCUGCCAGUAAAUAUAACACCGGAAAGAACACUAUCUUCCGACGAAGAGUUCUGGGCGGAGCUUUCUCAAGACGCUAUAAUGAAAAACUUGAUACCUACGAUGGAGGUCCCAAUGCCACGUAAUCCGUAUGAUCAAUAUAAACAGGUAUUUCGUGCACCUUAUCCUGUAAGUGCUACAGAUAUGAAUAGUGAUGAGUUUUUAAUUGCACAUUACCCUGAAAAUCAGUCACGUGAUUGCGCAUUUCCGUUUCUGGCUAGCUGUAACCCAACGAUUACUUUGGGAUCAAUGUUGUCUGAUGACUAUGGUGGCUCCGAUAAUUCUUACAGCCGGGCGGUGUAUCGUAGGGAAACUGUAACUCAUAAACCUAAAAGUGGCGAAUAA